AGAGAUUAUUUAAAGACAUUAGAUAAAAUUAGACGGAUGGUGGAACAAUAUUAGAUUCCAAUUUUACCGAACACGCCGUUGUUGAAGGUGCAACAUAAAAUUCAACCAUCCAUAAAAUAAAUUAGAAAAUAAGAAGAAGGAAAAGAAAAACCCGAGUCUACCUCAAAACCUGACUAAUCCACGAAAGGCCGAAGAAGAAAAGCCUGUUUGAUUUUAUUUAAAACAACAAGAAAUCAAAAGCGAAAGAACGGCAUUGAAGCCUUCUCACAAAUGCAGGGAUUCAAAGCAGCCAUCACUUUCCAUUUUCAACUUCUGUUUAUUUCACUCUGUCUUUUCACCUUCUCUUCCACUCUCAAGAUCGGAGAAACCUGCUCCUCCGGCGACAAAUGCGAUUCCGGUCUGAUAUGUGAUACUUGUCCUGCAAAUGGAAAUACGCGCCCAAGAUGUACUCGCAUCCAGCCAAUUAAUCCAACAUCCAAGGUAAAAGGGCUUCCAUUCAAUCGAUACUCAUGGCUUACGACUCACAACUCCUUCGCUCGUACCGGCGAGAAAUCGGACACCGGAGCGAGCAUAUUGGUGGCCCCGACCAAUCAGGAAGAUACGGUCACCAGUCAACUAAACAAUGGAGUUCGUGGGUUAAUGUUGGAUAUGUACGACUUUCAGAAUGAUAUUUGGUUGUGCCACUCCUUUGGUGGCCAGUGUGUGAAUGCCACUUCAUUUCAACCGGCAAUCAAUGUGUUGAGAGAAAUUGAGAAGUUUUUGGGAGCAAACCCAGAAGAGAUUGUCACAAUCUUCAUUGAAGACUAUGUGAAAUCACCACAAGGCUUGAGCAAGGUGUUCAAUGCUUCUGGACUGAACAAGUACUGGUUUCCUAUCUCCAGAAUGCCCCAAAAGGGUGGCGAUUGGCCAACUGUCGAUGAUAUGGUGAAGCAAAACCAGAGACUGGUAGUUUUCACCUCUAAAGAUUCGAAAGAGGCCUCGGAUGGCAUCGCCUAUCAGUGGCGCUAUGUUGUUGAAAGCCAAUAUGGAGAUCAAGGAAAGAAGCCUGGAUCUUGUCCAAACAGAGCAGAGUCGCCUCCAUUGAGUACAACAACCAUAUCCUUGAUCCUCAUGAACUAUUUUUCUACUAAUCCCAACAGAACAGGCGUUUGCUCGGAUAAUUCAGCACCAUUAAUUAGCAUGAUAAAUACUUGCCAACAGGCAGCCGGCAAACGGUGGCCAAAUUUCAUUGCUGUUGAUUUUUAUCAGAGGAGCGAUGGUGGAGGCGCUCCAGAAGCUGUGGAUGUAGUCAAUGGGCAUCUCACUUGCGGGUGUAAUAAUAUUGCCUAUUGCAAGGGAAAUACGACAGGCGUAUGCGAUAACCCACCGAUUUCUCCCCCACCACCAGCCGCCUUGGAAAGUCCAGUGCAAGGUGCGGGAGACUCCGGCGAUGCACACUUUAAUGGCAGACCAGCCGAUCUCAGGUGGUUAUUUGGGGCAAUUUUGGCCGUCACACUGUUAUUACGCCUCAAUUAGUCAUUAUUCCGAUAUUGAUAACCAGUUUGUUGGUUUCAAUCAUACUACGUAUGCAAACUAUAAUGUUCAAAUUCAAACACAUUUGAGAAUGAAUGCUUCUGAGAGUAGUUUUAUUUUAAACGAAUAUUUUCUUUUCA